UGCUUUAAGGGUGAUCCAUUUUGGCAGAUUUUACCUAGCUAGCGUUACCUGUCUACAGUGAAAUUGUUUUGUAAUGAGUCAGUUAGACUAAUUUAGCUAACGCUUCCUGGGUUUCCUGCCUGGGUUUAGUCUAAACCGCUCACGGCUGCAGUCCAGUGUUUAGUAACUUGCUCCAUAACUUGAUGAGUAAACAGUAAAUAGCACUAGUAUUACAGGUGGAAUUAGAAAACAGCAGGUCUUUGUGAACUGAAACAUGAAGAAGAAUUUGAAGGUGGAAGAUGCCAUGGUAAGAAUAGACACUUGCACCCUGGAACAUUUCACAGGACAGCUUGUCCCCUUUUACUGAGGAAAUGCCAGCUGUCACCCGGGGUAAGGCGGACUCUGAAUCCUCUUCAGAAGAUGAGCAAGAAGACCAUCCUUGUAUUGCCUGGAGUGGCCUUAGCAAAACAAUUCCAGUCCUCUUGUUUGUCCCUGAAGCCAUCGUUUCAAAAGAUGGGAAUAUCUGCUCUAUUGGAGAGCGAUACAACUUGGCCUUCAAGAUUGUUCGCACAGAGAGCCGCCUAGUACGAGGAAUACUCACCAAUCAUGGAUUUCAAGAGGUUCACCCAAACAGUAAUGACUUCAACCUCAUGUGGACUGGAUCUCACCUUAAGCCUUACAUUCUACGCAGCCUUCAGGACUUCCAGAAGGUCAACCACUUUCCCAGGUCGUACGAGUUGACGCGCAAAGACCGACUUUAUAAAAACAUCCAGCGAAUGCAGCAGACGCACGGCUUUAAAAACUUCCAUAUUGUUCCUCAAACCUUUGUGCUUCCCUCGGAAUAUCAGGAAUUCUGCAAUUGUUUUUCCAAGGACAAGGGCCCGUGGAUUAUUAAACCAGUAGCAUCUUCAAGAGGUCGAGGCAUCUACUUGGUCAGCAAUCCAAACCAGAUUUCUAUGGAUGAAAACAUAUUGGUGUCCCGUUAUAUUAAUAACCCAUUACUAAUAGACGAGUUCAAGUUUGAUGUGCGGUUGUAUGUGUUGGUGACUUCAUAUGAUCCAGUAAUUAUCUAUGUGUAUGAGGAAGGUCUGGCGAGAUUUGCUACAGUCAAGUAUGACCGGACUGCAAAGAACAUUAAGAACACCUUCAUGCAUCUCACAAACUACAGUUUAAACAAAAAGAGCAGCGAUUAUGUCAGUUGCGAUGACCCUGAAGUUGAGGAUUAUGGGAACAAAUGGAGUAUGAGUGCAGUGUUGAGGUAUUUGAAGCAGGAAGGGAAGGACACCACAUUGUUGAUGAAACAGGUGGAAGACCUCAUCAUCAAAGCUGUGCUGAGUGCUGAACUGCAAAUCGCCACUGCCUGCAAGAUGUUUGUUCCCCACAAGACAAACUGCUUUGAACUCUAUGGUUUUGAUGUCCUCAUUGACACCCACCUCAAACCCUGGUUGUUAGAGGUGAACCUUUCUCCCUCUCUGGCAUGUGAUACACCCUUGGAUCUGAAGAUAAAGGCCAGUAUGAUUGCAGACAUGUUUUCACUUGUGGGCUUUGUGUGCCAAGACCCCCUAGCGAGGAAGUCACGGACUGACCGAGUCACCCUGGACCCCAGCCUGAAGCAUCUGGCCCAAAAAACACAGAAACCUUUCUCUGCACAGAAAGCUCCCGCACACGGCAUAGUGCGACAGAGGCCUCCAUCAGCCAGUAACUCUGAAACAGAAGGGAUGAAAGACAAAAUAGGAACCAAACAAGGCCAGGGAGACAGCACUCUAAAUUUGACUGCUGAGGAGGUCAAAGUGUUGAGGAGGAUAAAGGAGGAGUAUGAAAGACGGGGAGGCUUCGUUAGAAUCUUCCCCACCGCAGACACAUGGGAGCUCUAUGGUGGAUAUCUGGAGUCCAAGACAUCAAUGAACUACAUGUUGGCAAACAGACUUUUCCAUGGAAGAAAUGUGAAUGUGCAGCUGCAGGUGGACGUGGUCCAUGGCUGUCACGUUGUCCAGUAUGAGAGGAAGCUGCUCUCUCUGGAGGCACGUAAGAGAAGACAGCGCCACCUGACUCAUCGCUCUACGGCAGGGAAAAAAAAGAAAUCUGUGCUGCAUACUUCAGGGAAAGAAUCCAAGGCCUCCCCGACUGAGAGCAGCGGUCAGGAGGGAGAGGAGUGUGCACAGGAGGAAAGAGGGGAGGUGAAACAAGUGUGCGAGCCAACAGCACACAUGGAUUUGGUAGCAGAGCAAAGAAGUCAAGUGGCCACACCACUGGAUCGUCUCCAUAGAGAGGCUGUGUCCAGCUCAGAGGCAGCCACGCGUAAUGCCAGGCCUAGAGUCAACCUGCUUAACAUCCUUCAGCAGGGGUGGGACCUCAGUAAAGUCCAGGCUCGAAUGGCUUUUUCUUCCUACCUGCAGCGAGUCCAGCAAAGACUUCUGGCAGAGAGCAGAGCCAACACCAUCCCAGCUUGGCCAGACAAGGACAAUGACCAAAUGGAAUUGGUGAUUCGAUUCCUGAGGAGAGCUGCCAGUAAUCUUCAGCAAGACAUAAAGGUUGUUCUGCCCAGUCGGCAGCUACCACUCCAAGACCGCAGACGCAUCCUGUCCCACCAGUUAGGGGAGUUUAUCCACUGCUACAACAAGGAAACCGAACAUAUGGUGAAAAAGCAAGAGAACAGUAAAGAGGGGCAUUGUGUUAACCAUAGUGUUUUUCAAGAGUACAUCACUGCCGCAAGUGAAAACGAUCUGGAGGAAGUACUGACAUACUACACUCAGAAAAAUAAAUCAGCCACUGUCUUCCUAGGAACAAAAGUCAGGAGUGUUAAGAAAGACGUUCAUAAAACGAAUGCCUCACAAGAGCCAGGCAACUGUGAGGUUUCAAAAACUCUGCCUGUGUCCAGAGAAGAUUCCAGUGCUUCAGAGUCCUCGCUCUCCACAGGCAAAGUCAGCAGUGACCCAGACAUCAAGGCCGCUGAGAGUCAGAUCUCUUUGCGUGCCGUUCCUGAAGAUCAACAGGCAGCGUUUAAGAGCAGAUCUGCUAAAACCCAGCCAGAGGUCCAGGCCUCUCAGCACUGCUCCAACUUCCCUGCGACUUUAGACUGCACCCAUAUCCAUCUGCAGCACUGCUCCCCCGUUCCAACAUCCCUUCCUCUCCACUGUCCACCUCCACCGCCUCCCCCUCAACCACCGUCCUAUGCACAGUCCUUAGCCAAGUCCCAGUUCUGCCAAAUUGAGGCUCUCUCUGAUCCCCCUGCAUAUACGUCUGCCCCCAUUAUCACCCAGCCCCCAAGAGCAGUGUGGCCAACUGCUUCCACUGGCCCUAACACAGUGUCUACUGAGCAGCCCACUCAGGUGCUCAGGAGGAUUCAGUCCUUUACUUCAUCCACACCCAGCUCUGGAGCACCCUCCUCCAUUCCGGGUGCCAUGCACAUUUACAGCCAGAAGCUCUCUAGACCCACCUCUGCAAGCCAAGCUGUCAAGAUGAGCAGUUCCACUAAGUUGAAGUCAAACUCCCUGGGGACGAUUAAAGAGUUGAACUCUCUGUCGGCCCAGGCUCAGUCAAACCAGCAGGCCUUCAUUUCAGCUCUGCAGAAGCUGGCUGACAAGCAGGUUGCUCGCCACUACGCCACCUCUAGUCACAUCAACCUGCUGACACAACAUUUGAGCAACCUGAACCUGGCCAAUAGGAUGUUAAGCAGAGAGGGCUUCACACUUCACCCAAAGGUCCAGCAUGCUGCUGCUCCAACACAAGGACCAGUGAAGGCGAUUCAUUCUGGAUCAGAUCUACCCAACAGCACAAGCCACAGGCCACUGAAGGAUGAGGAUGCUCUCUGGGAUGGCCAGAUGCAGAAUGCCUAUAGUUUGGUUACAGGGGUGAGCCCGCAGCAGCGCUACCAGCCCACCCAAGGAAGCUACCAGCUUCAGUUCGCCAUCCAGCAACUGCAACAGCAAAGACUUCAGUCAAGACAAUUUCUGGACCAGGGCCAAUGUAGACAUCAGGCUCAGUUUCCAGACCAGACAAGUGCUCCACAUGUCCAGACUUCCACAAACUCAUCUAGCCGCCCUCCAUCCACUUUCCAUGUACGGCCCAAUCACGGCCAUGGCCACGGCUACAGCCACGUCCAGACCUGUGUUAGUCCUCCUCAUGCCCCCAAACCCCCCAGCAGUGCCCGAGAGGGUCAAAUCCGGAAAACAGCAACUAAGCGGUUAAUCAAGCAGUCCUCCGCCGAGAGUUCAGCCAGUGGAACCAUGUCCAGCAGCCAGCAUAUGGUCUAUGAGGCCAUCUGCGGUAAAACAGGUCUUUCUGUGUACCGCAAACUGUUCCAGAGUCAGGAACCCGGUCACAGAUGACAUGAAGGCGACCAGAGGCACGUCCUACCGCUCUGCCGGCCUGACAGGUGUCUCUGCAUGUAACUGCAUCCACACAGAAGUGUAUUCUGGGAAAGGACAACAGCAACAGAUGAAAGCAUGCCAAACAUCGAAUAGCAUCCUAUUAAUUUCUCUAUGAUACAGCCACAGACAUGCAAGAAGAUAGGCUGCCAGGCCAGGAAUGCCCAGCUUUGACGCAGGUCGGGAUUUUGUUGCGCAGCUCAACAUCGGAUGGCCUUUUCAGCUCCUACCCCCACUCCCCUCUGCGCCCUCAACUACAAAGUCCAUAUUCCAACUGCUGCCCGCCCUCAUUCUCUCCAUACUACUGAUGCCACAGAAAGAUCUCACUGACAGAUAGCCUUCAGCAGUUGGUUUUCAUACCUUAGAGGCAUUUUAACAACAGCAUUUGAUGCUUUAUUCUUGUCUUAAGCAGUAGCAUUUGCACCCCGAACCAUACAAGCAUUUUUUUUUUUGUUCAGAAAGUUGUAUACGCAUGCAGGAUGGGGGUUUUUGUUAAUGUGAGACAUUGAGUUUUGUUAUAUACUCCAGAGGUUGCCUGAUCAGCUUCUCAUGUUGCUGCCAUGAACAGUGAGCAGGCAGAGAAGUUUCUUUCUUGUGUGGCUUCUGGCAUAAGAUGGAGAGCAGUAGAUUCCCUUUUUUUGCCGGAAGCCAAACAGCUGCCAAAUCAGACUCCCUGGUUGUAGCCAGAGGAUGUGUUAAAGUGUGGCAUCCUCUUUGCCUGUAGGCUUGAAAAGAAAAUUCUGGGGCGUUAAAGCUUGAAAUGGUUGCUGCCUUUUUGCUUUAUACAUUUUGAAUCUAUUGUUAAGGAUGAUGUAAUAGUGUUUCAGGGUUGACAGAUGUUACGUUUUAUAUCAAGGAUAUUGUUUUUAUAGUCUUGUGACUAUUCCUGUGAACUGUUGAGAUCUUGAUGUCAUUUUCUUUGGAAGGACCAAACUAAGUAUAUUUGACAUAAUUUAAUAUUAACUUAAUAUAACUUGUAUUAUAUAUUAUAUGAGCAAAAUACAGUGUCAUUGCAUCAGUGUUUAUUUACUGUAUAUUCUUGGCUGAUUCUGUAGCUCUGGGCAUAACAUAGAGUGGAAUAAUGGUUAUGCACAGCCAUGCCUACAGUGAAGGCUCAAUCUAACUGACUAAUAUUCCUGAGGAUAUUAUGUUGCCUGGGACCAUUAAGGGAGUUCACUCAGGGCCUCUUAGUAGAUUAAAAUAUGUCUGUUAUACAUCAGCAGAUUUAGCAUAUGUUUGUGUUGACUUGAAUACUUGAAUUUCAUGCAUGUAUUCCACAUAUCAAAUGAUGAUCGUCAUCAGAGUGGUUUUGCACAGCUUGUUGUUUCAGUCCUGUGCUGCAGCACUGUUUUAAUACACAUCGAUGAUAUUGCAUUUGUAGUGGUUUGUGUUAAACCUCAACUUGUAGAUUUUUUUGCUGCUAAAGCAAGUGCAUGCUGUAUUAUGACAUUUAAAUAGUAGAAUAUCAAUAUGUGUAUUCUACUGUGAUCAAAUAACAUUUGAUGUUAUCUGUUUUGUUCUUGAACUGAAUAGACAUGCAUGAAAAUGUAAUAUUUUUGGAAACAUUUUGGCAGUUUGUAGCAACAACAUGGAUACCUAAGAAAGAUUAAAACAUGCUGAUUAUUUGAGUGAAUGUAUUAGAGUCCCUUGUAGUGGUUGGCAUGUCUGAUA